CGGUAAAGUUCCGUGCACAUUGCCAAGUAACAGGCGGAGAAGCAAGAAAUAUGAGCUAAAGGAUCAGCUGAUUACGAUUAAAGUUAUAUGUUGUCUAUAACCGGCCAAUGGCAUUUAUGCUCGCUGCUAUAGAAAAAGAAAAAGAAGUGUACAUAGUGGAAGUGUGUUAAAAGAAAACAUAAAAAUGCCUAAAUGUAUUGCAAAAAAUUGUAAGAGUGCAUCGACCAAGAAAAUAAAAAUGUGUUCUUUUCCACAAGAAAGGGAAAUGCAAAUGUUGUGGAUAAGAAAUAUAGGUCGAAGUAACUGGCAGCCGAAAAAGGAUUCACGUUUGUGUGAGUUUCAUUUUGCUGAUGAUCAGUGGGAAACAAUGAGAGUCGAUGGCAGAAAAAAGUUAAAAUGGAAAGCUAUACCAACACUAUUUGGGGAAGAUACUCAAAUUCGAAUAGAUAUAAUAAAAAAAAAAUGUCAGCAAGAACUGUCUAUCAAGGAAAAGAAUUUAUCAACAAGUGUAAAUCAAGGGAAUACAAAUACAAACGAAAUGUUGGAAUCACCAAUAGAUACAACAAAGAUAUCGGAGCAAAAUAAUAGUAUGGAACAAGAAGAUGAAAAUAUACAAACUGAAAUUGAGACUGAAAUUGAAUCUACUCAACCGUUGACGUUAAGUAAUUCCAAAACAAUUCCAGAAUUUGAAAAAAAAUUAGAAAAAUUAGAAAAACAUUUAUUUCAAAGUAAAAAAAGCAAAAAAGAAAUGAUGAAACAACUGUGGGACAUGAAAAUUAAAUUGAAGAGACUACAGCAGGAAGUAAGAACAAUGAUAGAUAUAAAAAUGUUAAAUAAGCUAUUUAAUGAAGAUCAAAUUAAAGUUUUAACUAAUGCUUAUAAAAAAAUGCCACGUUGGUGUAACAACACAUUAAUCAAGGCUUAUCGCUUAAAAUUUGCUUGCGGAUCGCAUAGGUAUUAUCAAUGAAUCCGCUUGAUUAUUAUAGAGUCAAUACCCCAUGAAAACAGGAACGUUGUGUCCAUGUGAAAUCCAUGUGAUUUUGUAGACUCUACGUGAAUAAUACUAUAGAUAUGAAGGGGAGAGACUAUAAAACACUUUCUUUAUUACAGGAAAUAAAAUGGAGUAACUUACAGGAAAAUAUUUCUGACAGCUACAAAUAUUGUCGGAGAAGGUUUAAGAUACGGUACGACAGCAAAAGAAGAAAAAAAAAUUUUUUUAUUAUACUUUAUGACGUUUUCUUGACGUUUCCAAUGUCAACACGAUGUCAUUAAGUUAUUACUUUACUAUUUGUGAAAUUAUAUUAUGAUCAUGUAUGAAUAAUAUUUUUUUAUAUAUAAAAUAACUCUAUUAUAUUUCUACUUCAAU